UUGGCUGGACGAGACAUGGCCUGGUGGCCGAUUGGAGCCUCUCUGUUUGCCAGUUCAGAGGGCUCAGGUCUGUUCAUUGGUUUGGCUGGGACCGGAGCUGCUGGGGGCAUUGCUGUAGCAGGUUUUGAAUGGAAUGCCACCUACGUGUUACUGGCUCUGGCUUGGGUGUUUGUCCCCGUCUACGUAUCUUCAGGGAUUGUAACAAUGCCAGAGUACCUGGGCCGUCGGUUUGGGGGGGAAAGGAUUCGUACCUACCUGGCUGUCCUGUCACUGCUGCUGUCUGUCUUCACCAAGAUAUCAACUGACCUGUACUCAGGAGCGCUGUUUGUUCAGGUGUGUAUGGGAUGGAACCUCUAUCUGUCCACCGUCCUCAUGCUGGUAGUCACUGCUCUCUACACUAUAGCAGGUGGCCUUGCUGCUGUCAUCUACACCGACACUCUACAAACUUUCAUCAUGCUCAUAGGAGCAAUCAUCCUCACUAUUACUGCCUUUAACAAGAUUGGUGGAUAUGAUAACCUGGAGCGUGUGUACAGUAUGGCGGUGCCCAGUAAGAUCAUCGCCAAUAGUACCUGCCACCUGCCACGCCAGGACGCCAUGCAUCUGUUCAGAGAUGCCACCACUGGAGAUCUGCCCUGGCCUGGCAUGACCCUGGGACUCACCAUACUGGCAACCUGGUACUGGUGCACAGACCAGGUGAUUGUCCAACGGUCCCUGUCCGCUAAGAACAUGAGCCAUGUGAAAGGAGCUUCGAUUCUGGCUGCCUAUCUAAAGAUGCUGCCUUUCAUCUUCAUCAUCCUCCCUGGCAUGAUCAGCCGAGCCCUCUAUCCAGACUCUGUAGGGUGUGUAGAUCCCGAGGAGUGUGUGCGUGUAUGUGGAGCCGAGGUGGGAUGUUCCAACAUCGCCUUUCCCAAACUGGUCAUAGAACUCAUGCCAAGUGGCCUACGGGGGCUUAUGAUAGCGGUGAUGAUGGCAGCUCUGAUGUCUUCGCUGACCUCCAUCUUCAACAGCAGCUCCACACUGUUCACCAUGGACAUCUGGAAGAAGCACCGCCCUCGUGCCUCUGAAAGAGAACUGCUUCUGGUCGGCAGGAUUGUGACAGUGAUCUUGGUGGUGGUGAGCGUGGUGUGGAUCCCCAUCCUGCAGUCGGCCAACAGCGGCCAGCUCUAUGUUUACAUCCAGUCAGUGACCAGCUACCUUGCUCCUCCUGUCACCGCUGUCUUCACACUGGCUGUCUUCUGGAAGAGGACCAACGAGCAGGGAGCGUUCUGGGGUCUGAUGGUGGGGCUGGUGGUGGGUGUGUGUAGGAUGGUGCUGGAGUUCGCCUUCCCCCCUCCCAGAUGUGGCGUUGUGGACUUGGCCCCGGCUGUGCUGCGGAGCGUCCACUACCUCCACUUCGCCAUUUUGCUCUGUGGCCUCACUGCCGUCGUGGUUGCGACAGUUUCACUUCUCACACCGCCACCCAGUCACGAACAGGUGUGCAACCUGACAUGGUGGACUCUGACUGAGGAGACACAACGAGAAAUCCCUCUGCAGAAAGAGGCUCCAUCUUCCAGGGCUCCCAGUGUUAGAGAGAGUGUGUUCUGGUCCAGGUUCUGCUGUGUCAAUGCUCUCUUACUGGUCAGCAUCAACAUUUUUCUCUAUGCAUACUUCGCAUGAGUGGGCGGUCAGAUUUUACAUUCUACCAUACCCAGUCCUCUUAACUCUGUCCAGACUUUGUAUUAACCCAGAAACUUUGCUUGCCCGAUUUAUCCAGAUCUGAGAGGGGGGAUGGUGGGGAAACAAACUGUAGUUUUCUUUUAGAGUGAAGGUGAAUCGUGUAGCAGCAACAGGUAUGCAUUUUAUCAGUUGAAGCUUGUAGAUGCUCUUUCAGCUGAUGUAGAUUCUUCACACACACACACACACACACACACACACACACACACACACACGCACACACAAACACACACACAAAUGAAGUUCAGGAGUCACUUACUUUAAGGGCUUACCUUUGAUUCCCAGGUAAAGUGCGCUGUGCCGUCUUGUUUUGUUCAGCUGAAAACUAUCUUCAUCUGUUUUUAUC